CAAUACAAUAUCUUCCGACACGAAUUUGUACCGGCUUCCCUAGGCAUUGGUCUAUAGCAUUGCGCGCUGCUAAAUUCCCGUUAUCUACUCUUACCGUCUUAUUCAUUGAUGAGCCUCUUAAAAAUACCAAUUCCUUCUCAGAAUCAUUAUACGACUUAUUUUAGAUAGGCCAACAAUUUAACAUUUUCCUCUAUUUUCCCUGAAAUAAUAAUGAUGAGGAAAGAUCGCGACCGGGACAGAGACCGCGAUGACCGUUCAAAGGACCGGGACCGCGACAGAGACCGGGACCGUGACCGCGACCGCGACAGAGAGAAGGACGCGAAGGCCCCGGGCAUCUCCCUCAACCCCAUGAUGGCGGGCGGCGGCGGCGGGCUGCUCCCGCUCAAGCAGACCGCCAUGCAACAGCAGAUCAACCCCUUCACCAACCUGCCGCACACGCCGCGCUACUACGAGAUCCUGAAGAAGCGCCUGCAGCUGCCCGUGUGGGAGUACAAGGAGCGCUUCGGCGACAUCCUCAACCGCCACCAGAGCUUCGUGCUCGUCGGGGAGACGGGCUCCGGCAAGACCACGCAGAUCCCCCAGUGGUGCGUGGACAUGGUGAGGGCGUUGCCAGGCCCAAAGAGAGGCGUGGCCUGUACCCAGCCCAGAAGGGUGGCGGCCAUGAGCGUGGCGCAGAGGGUGGCGGACGAGAUGGACGUGAUGCUGGGGCAGGAGGUGGGCUACUCCAUCCGAUUCGAGGACUGCAGCAGCGCCAAGACCAUACUGAAGUACAUGACCGACGGGAUGCUGCUCCGGGAGGCCAUGAACGACCCCCUCCUGGAGCGCUACGGCGUGAUCAUCCUGGACGAGGCCCACGAGCGCACGCUGGCCACCGACAUCCUGAUGGGGGUCCUGAAGGAGGUGGUCCGCCAGAGGUCGGACCUGAAGGUGAUCGUCAUGAGCGCCACGCUAGACGCCGGAAAGUUCCAGGUGUACUUCGACAGCUGCCCCCUGCUGACCAUCCCCGGGCGCACGCACCCCGUGGAGAUCUUCUACACGCCCGAGCCCGAGAGGGACUACCUGGAGGCCGCCAUCCGCACCGUCAUCCAGAUCCACAUGUGCGAGGAGGAGGAGGGCGACGUCCUGCUCUUCCUCACCGGCCAGGAGGAAAUCGACGAAGCCUGCAAGCGGAUAAAGCGCGAGAUCGACGACCUGGGGCCCGAGGUGGGGGACAUCAAAAUCAUCCCCCUCUACUCCACCCUGCCCCCCCAGCAGCAGCAGAGGAUCUUCGAGCCGCCUCCCCCCCGGAAGCCCAGCGGGGCGAUAGGCAGGAAGGUUGUGGUGUCGACAAACAUCGCCGAGACAUCCCUGACAAUCGACGGCGUGGUGUUUGUAAUUGAUCCCGGAUUUGCCAAGCAAAAGGUGUACAAUCCCCGCAUCAGGGUGGAGUCCCUGCUGGUGACGGCCAUCAGCAAAGCCUCCGCCCAGCAGAGGGCGGGGCGCGCCGGGAGGACACGCCCAGGGAAGUGUUUCCGCCUCUACACGGAGAAGGCCUACAAGACCGAGAUGCAGGACAACACGUACCCGGAGAUCCUCAGGUCUAACUUGGGAUCGGUGGUCCUGCAGCUGAAGAAGCUGGGCAUCGAUGACCUGGUGCACUUCGACUUCAUGGACCCCCCAGCUCCGGAGACGCUGAUGCGGGCCCUGGAGCUGCUCAACUACCUGGCGGCCUUGAACGACGACGGCGACCUGACGGAGCUGGGCUCCAUGAUGGCCGAGUUCCCCCUGGACCCGCAGCUCGCCAAGAUGGUGAUCGCCAGCUGCGAGUUCAACUGCUCCAACGAGAUCCUGUCCAUCACCGCCAUGCUCUCAGUCCCACAGUGCUUUGUUCGCCCGACGGAGGCCAAGAAGGCGGCUGACGAGUCCAAGAUGAGGUUCGCACACAUAGACGGAGAUCACCUGACCCUGCUCAACGUCUACCACGCGUUCAAACAGAACCACGAGUCGGUUCAGUGGUGCUACGACAAUUUCGUCAACUACCGGUCGCUGAUGUCGGCCGACAACGUUCGCCAGCAGCUGUCCCGGAUCAUGGACAGGUUCAACCUGCCCCGCCGGAGCACGGAGUUCACCAGCCGCGACUACUACAUCAACAUCCGCCGCGCCCUGGUCACGGGCUUCUUCAUGCAGGUGGCCCACCUGGAGCGCACGGGACAUUACCUGACAGUGAAGGACAACCAGGUUGUCCAGCUCCACCCCUCCACAGUCCUGGACCACAAGCCCGAGUGGGUCCUCUACAACGAGUUCGUCCUCACCACCAAGAACUACAUCCGCACGUGCACCGACAUUAAACCAGAGUGGCUGAUCAAAAUUGCUCCCCAGUAUUACGAGAUGGGCAACUUCCCCCAGUGCGAGGCCAAGAGGCAGCUGGAGCGCAUCGUGGCCAAGCUCCAGACCAAGGAGUACUCUCAGUACUAAUGACAGCAGCACCCGCUCUGGUGGUCAGUGCUCAGAGUGUCACAACUCUAUGAAGUUGUGCUCGACGUGUCUAACAUCCAUCAUUUGGAGGAUUUUAAAUGUUUUUUCUCUACUGUUCAGAUUUGAUUAUUUUUAUAUAUUUUUUUCUUUAGCCCCUUUUUUUCUGUUCAUCUGAUAACGUGCUCUGAAAAAUAGUCAUUGUCGGCCUUUACGUCCUAGCUUUGCUUUGGAAGUAUAGGAAGGAUACUAGGCCGCCCGAUUCAGGCUAUCGACAGGAAAACAGCUAUCGACCAUGUCGUGCAUGAUCAGCCAUGUGGAUGUUGACAUUCCUUUUAGACAUCGUGAACUGUUUAAAAAAAAAAAAAAUGUACUUGUGUAGACGGUCUUUGGUUAUUCACCGAUGGAGUUUUCAGUAACUUCAAUAAUCAUAAUAAUUAUUAAAAACGACUAAUAUCAGUUAUGGGCAGCUUCGGGUGCAUGUAGUGCAUGCCAGUGCAUUGCCACUGACGUGCACUCGCAGAAAAAAGGAGCACCGGCUCUUUUUCUGAGGAAGGGCCUCCUAGACGUCCCUCUGUUGGGUGGAAUGUUGAUGUAUCCAAAGGACAUCUGAAAUGUAUGCAUUUUGUUUUUUUUGCUAGCUGUUGGUUCAGCUACGGUAGCUCUGGAGGAGUUAUGUAUAUGUGGGAAAGUUUGGAAAUUUGGAUCGAAUGGAAAUAAAUGGGGAAAAAGUUGCACAAAUGA